AUGCCCAAGAUCCACCUCGGCGUAUACCUCAUGUCCGGCAAAGAGGCCUCUCGAGCAGUCACGUCCGCGCUCGACGCGGGUUAUCGCGCCGUGGACUCCGCACAGAUGUAUCACAACGAACGCGAGGUCGGCAAGUCCGUCUCGGACUACUUGUCCUCCCAUUCCGGGGUCACCCGCGAGGAUCUUCAUUAUACGACCAAGUUGGCCAGUAACAGCGACUACGAGACGGCAAGAAGGAGUAUCAAGCAGAGCGUCAAGGAGUGCGGAUUGGGCUACAUAGAUCUUUUCUUACUGCAUAGUCCCCAUGGUGGCAGGCAGGCCCGGCUGGACAGCUGGCGGGCGGUGGAAGAUGCGAUUCAGGACGGCGAGGUGAAGAUCGGCGGCGUGAGCAAUUACGGCGAGAAGCAUCUUGAUGAGCUCCUCUCCAGCAAACCCAGAAUCAGACCGGCCGUCAAUCAGAUCGAGGUCCACCCCUUCAACACGCGCUCGGCUCUGACGAAGUACUGCCAAGAUCACGAUAUCGUCGUCGAAGCAUAUGCCCCGCUGGCACGAGCGUUGCGCAUGAAACAUCCCGUCAUCGCGGAGCUGAGUAAGAAGUACAGCUGCACGCCGGCGCAAUUGAUGGUGCGAUGGAGUUUGCAGCAUGGAUAUGUCCCGCUGCCCAAGUCUGUGAAGGAGAGUCGGAUCGUUGAGAACGCGCAGGUCCAGCACUUUGAGAUUGACGAUGCGGAUGUUCGGCGCAUGGAUGAGCUUGAUGAGUACUUGGUCACUGAUUGGGAUCCCACGGAUGCUCCUUGA